AUGCCAUCCGUCCCUCACUCGGAUGGCGCAUCGCCGGGCGCCUCGGCCUCUGUGGACUGCGUCUCCCUCCAGGACGUUCAUACGACGGGGGUGUGGCGGAGGUCUCUCUGCGACUACUCCCGGCGAUUCAAAGCCAAAGUGAAGCUUCAGCAUGAAGGCGAGACGGUGAUCGUGUCGCAAGCCCCGCACGUCCAAGCCUGGGAAAGCAGCGAUCCAAUGAGCACAGGCAGCACGGUCUGGGAUUCGGCGCUGGUCUUGCUGCACUUUCUCGCUCAGCGCUCCGAGCUGGUCGCGGGCAGAGAGGUGCUGGAGCUGGGCGCCGGGACUGGCUUGGUGGGGCUGGCGGCCGAAAGGAUCUUCAAAGCCAGGAGAAUUCUGCUCACGGAUUUGCCGGGUCUUUGCCCGCUCCUGCGGGUGAAUCUUGAUCUCAACUCCUUCACAGCCGGCGAGGUGCGGCCGCUGCUAUGGCAAGAGGCGCAUUGCAGCUGGUUGUCCGAAGGUCACAGCUUCAGCAGGGUGCUGAUGUCGGACGUGUUGUACCAUGAGCCGCAGUACGCUCCACUGCUGAAUGUGCUUCGGGUCCUUGCCCGCUCCCAUCGGGGAGAGAAACCUCUGAUAGUCUACUGGGCGCAGGAAGCCCACAACCCCGAGCUGUGCCGUCGCUUGGUGAAAUCUUUGGCCAAGGAGGGCUGGGGCCAAAAGCUGGUAACGCGUGUCGACGACGGUCUGGGAGCCGAAAUCUUCGUUUGCACGCUUACGGCACCGACCGCUUCGAAGCGUUCAGCUGUGCUUGCGCAGGACCAGGAGGUGCGUGGAAGUGAAGCAGCUUGGAGGGGAUGGCAGGAGAUCGGAAAAGAGCGGCAGGGUGCUGGGACGGGUCAGGCAGAUGGGGCCACAGCUCGUAUCCUGGAGCUUCUGAAGGGGGCAGGUACACCCGACACCAAGGAGACGGUGCUCGAAUACCGCGGGCAGUGGCAGCCGAAACCGAACGGAGCCGAAACAGGACAUGGCGUCGUCCCUGAGGACUGGGCCAUCGAGGUCGCUUCGGAGAACGACCGGCGCCUGGCCUCCUUCGGUUGGGCCGGCGGAGCCCAGCUGUGUUUGUCCAACGCCUUUCGGCAAGCGGACGAGCUCGAGGCCCAGGCGAAGGACCUCAUUGAGAGCGGCACCUGUACGGAAGACGACGCUGCCGUGCAGUGCAUCCGCACCCUCGCCAAGGCCACCGAAGAGCGAGAGGCCUUGAUGCGGAGGCAGUGGUGCGACAUCGACUUCCAGCAAGGGGAAGAAGCCAACAAGGAGCUUUUGAAGCACCUCGAGAAGGACUUUGCUUCUCAGCUGGUGAAGACGGCCGUGAGGCAGGCUGAGGAUGAAGAUCAGAGCGAAGCCCCCCCAUGGUACAACCUGAAGUUGUGCACCGGCGCGUUGAGAGGCAAAGUCUACCUCAGCGCAGGUUCCGGCGGUGACGGUCUCGCGGAGCUCGCCGGCCACGACGACGAGUCCGGGCGCCAGCGCUGGCAGCUCGAGUCCGGCGGCACAGCCGAAGCGGCGGUGUCCUCUUCCCGAAGUUGGUAUCGCUUGCGGCUGUCCGGUGGCACCACACCGGGGCGGCGACUUCUGAGCCGUGGCGCCCGGUGCCUGGAGCUCUGCGAGCACGACGACGGUUCCGGUAGGCAGCGCUGGCAAGUUCUGCGUGGCUCUUCUGGGUGGGUGCUGCGGGCGGCCGUGGGUUGUGGCGAUCCCGGCGUCGGUGCUGCUGCGCUGGUGGAGGCUGAAGCCGCCGGGUGCUGCUUGGGGGCCACGCCGGCAGGUGCUGUGAGCCUGCAGGCAGUGGAGGCAGAAUGGGAGAUUGUGGGGCCGGGCGGGAGCUUUCAAGAUCCCCUGGCCGAGACCUCACCACGGCCAAAGGAGCCGGAGGCAGAGGCGAGAGAGAGGGACGAGCUGAUGGAGAUUGUGGAGCGCUCCACAUCCUCCAUGGAUUGGAAGGCCAUGAGCGAGGACAGGAUGAGAAGGGUGCUGGGGCAGAGCAGGAACCUUGGAACGGCCAUCGACCUCGUUGGCGCUUAUCUCAAGAACUACGAGAUAGACAAGGCCGAUCGCCUCUGUGCACGGAUUUUCCCACUUUGCCUGGAGCGAGGGGGAAUCUGGCACUUCAAGCUGUUGAACUUCUACACCACCGUGCGCAUGAAGCAGUCCAGAUACCAGGAAGCUCUUGAGAUGUACAAAGAGUAUGAGACCUUGAUCAAGUUCUCUCCGGACGAGGCAUGGGAGCUCUAUGACACGGUGUACCGCAACUUCGGCUGGAUCUACACCAGCCUCCACGACUACGACAAGGCCCUGGAAUACUUCGAGAGAUGCGUCGACGUCAAGAAGAAGCACGGUGUCAAGGCCCAUUGGUUCGACCAGUGGGAUUUGGGAAAGACCCACGCUCGCCUGUCCCUGCAGCAGGGCCGACCGGAGAGGUUGGAAAUGGCCGGGCAGCUCAUCGAGGAGGCCCUGGCAAUGCACCGCGAGGUGGAGCCCUCGGACUUGAUCAUGCGCUGCAAGAUGCUCAACUCGGCCGGGGAGUGCUUCUCCGUCAGGGGCGACUUCUGCAGUGAGCAGAAGGUGGCAGAGCGAUCGUGGGACCGGGCCAUUGCGCUGCACGAGGAGUCCUACGAGCUCUACAUGAAGGUGUUGGGGCCGAGCAAGCCGCUGACCGGCUGGGCCAUGGAGGACCUGGCCGGCGCCUACAAGAGGCGCGGGCGGCUGGAAGAGGCCAAGCGCCUGAUCCUGGGAGCUCUCCGCGUCGAGUGCUCCAAGGACAUCAUCAAGCUCUCUUCCAUGGCACGCUUGCUGGAUGCCGUGCUCGAGCUGCACAAGGAGACGCGGGACCUGGCCGGGCUUGCCGACUGCCAGGACGCCAUCAACGAGGGCUUGGAGAACCUGCAGAAGCGGCGCAUCGACCGAUCGGAGGCCGCGAGCUAUGCGGCUCUCUUGCAGAAGAUCGCGCAGCUGCUGCUCGAAUACGACGUGGCCAACCGCGAGGGUGCUGUGGCUCUUCUGCAGGAAGCUCUCGGCUACCUGAACCACCUGAAAGCGCCAGCGCCAGCGAAGACUGCUUCGAUGGACUCCUCGCAGAAGCCGCACCCGGAAUCGGCUGCACCGGAUGGGCAGGCGGAUGCCCAGGGCGAGCGCCUGCACAUCCCGAAGGCAGGACAGCAAGAGAUGCAAGUGGACCCGGAAGUGCUGAAGACUUCCAUUGAGGAACAGCUGCAAAGUCUCCGGACAUGGCAUUGUAGAUCAAGGGGCACGUCCCGUCCAGAUUCCGAGCAGGACAUCCAUUUCGAGGUUGCGGGCUCCUCAAGGAUGUGA